UGCUGAUUACUUUUCUAUUUUGGGAUGCAAUUUGAUAGAGACUUGUUUGUAAUUGUCACAAUUUAAUUGUUCUUUAACCUAAAAUAAACAUUCUAAACAGUAUAUACAAAUUACCCGAAAGUUAGUUUUUUAUAAUUAUUAAGUUUAUAACCUAAAAACAAAGUUUCAAUUAUAAAUAUAUAAUAAUUAAAUGCCCGGUAAAAGUGAGGUUAUUUUUUGAAUCAUGACUGAUUGGUUUGUUGCAAAAAUAGAUCGUUUAAUUAAAUUAAACGAUGUUGAAGAAAAAAAGGAAAUUUUGACUGAUAUAAAAAUUAAAUUAUUGUCAUUAUCCAACAAUGAUUUGGAUUCUAUUUCUAAAAAUUUGGAUCUUGGCAAAAUAUUCACUCAACUAUCAUCACAAGACAGAAAAUUUCUCGAAAUGCUGUGUGAAGUUAUAAAAAUCAUAAUGAUAACACUGGAACCUGGAUAUGUUCAUCAACAUUAUCAAAAUGAAAUUUUACAUUUAAUAUCGCAUUCCAAUGUAAUGGUGAAAAAUUUGAUUUUAGAGGAAUUAUUACGUACAGCUUCAAAUUGUUUAUCGCAAUUAAUUGCCGAUCAUGAUUUACUUGUAGCGAUAACGGAAAAAGUUGCUGAUGAUGAAUUAUCAGUAGCACAAAAUGCAAUGUUAAUAUUGAAAAAAAUUGGCGAAACUCCAAUUGGUUUAAAAAUUCUCUAUUCUGGCAUUCUUUUACGUACAAUUGCAAAACUUUUGACAAAAAAUGAUAUUAUCACAUUUCGUAUUUAUGAAAUUGUCAUUGAUAUUGCAAAAAAUUCAAAAAUCGGUUUAGAUGCAUCAAUACAAUCGGGUUUUCUUCAAAGUUUAAUAACAAUAUUGGAAAAUGAUGAUGAACUAAUACAACUUAAUGCACUGGAGGCAUUAACAAAUUUAGCAUUAAGCGAAGAUGGUUUAAAAUAUCUCGAAGAACAAGAUGUUCUUGUUAAACUUGCUGAAAAAAUAGCGCACGCUAAUGAAACGCCACUUUCAAAUUUAUUUAUUCCUGGUCUUAUGAAAUUUUUUGGUCAUGUCUCACGUUUUAGACCAAAUGAAAUAUUUUCCAAAUAUCCAAUUGUUAUAUCAGCGCUAUUUGAUGUUAUUGAAAAUGGUGAUGAAAAUAUUUUAGCCUCGGCACUUGAUACUUUGGGUCAUAUUGCAACGACAAUUGAGGGAAAAUAUGCAUUACAAAAUCUCGAUGAUAAUAUAAUGAGAGCAUUAAAAAAAAUAUCAGAAGUUAUUAAAAAAAUGCCAACUUACUUUAGAUUGUGUGGUUUAAAUAAUUUAACGCUUAUUUUAAAUGUAAAAAAAUCCGAACAGGACAAUAGAAUUGUUUCAUUAACAAAAUCAUGGUUUGAUGCACUCGAUGAGGAACCAUUAAAAAUGUUGAUUGAACUUUGUAAACAACCAUUCGCUGAUAUAAGACAAGCAAGUUUACAACUUCUUGGUGUUAUUGCUUCUCAAGUUUGGGGUCAAGAAUAUAUUGCGUCAUUUCCGGGUUUAAUUGAAUUUUUACUCGAUAGAAAUGUUGAAAGUUUCAAAGAAUGUAAGGAGGCUAAAUAUGAGGUUGUUAAAAAUCUUUCAAAUUCUGUUGACAAUAUUUUCGAUACUAAUACUAUGCAAAAAUUUGUUGAUUACGUUAAUAACGGUCCAUUUUACAUUGAAACUUACACUGAAGUUGCAAUUGAAGGUGCAUCUUAAUUUACGAUUUUCAAUUUUUUGUCUUAUAAUUAAAAACAAUUUUCAUUUACAACUUUUUUGUAAUGUCAAUCAGAAUUUUCUUUUUUCUUACAACAUCAUUUAGAGAUUAGAUUCUACUAUAAGAGAAAUAAUUUAUUUGUCUUAAUUUAAAUACAUUAUAAAAAAAUUGGAAACAAAUUUUUUUUUAUAAAGCAACUCUUAUAAAUAAAUACGAAAUUCGAACUUUC